ACCAAGAGACUGCAUUCCGUUCAUUGCGACAGGAUCAACCAUGCAAUUCACCUACAUUCUCGCGGGAUCCCUAUCCGUUACUCUCACGUUAGCAGUGUUAUGGUGUAUACGCGAACACCGUUAUUCGUUCGCGGCAUGCAAGUCGCGAUUAUAAUUAUUAAUUCUACGACGCCGCGAUCCAAAUAGGAAACGAAAGUCCCGGGCAACGCGUACACGAUCUAACUGGUUCGCGGAUCAAAUCUACCGGACAAAAUAUCAGCGAUUAGAGUCACGCGAUCUCGACAAUGUAAUCAAUUAAUUGACAGAUCGGAAAUAAGAAAAAACUGCCCUUGAAGCAAUCACUAUAAUUACUAUCGCGAACAAGUGUAACGCCACGUCAGACUGCCAAUAGGAUUUGACGUCGGUCUUUCAACACUCGUUCACUCGUUAAGAUUAAUAACAGCUUCAUGAUUUUCCUCAACGGUUAAAACUGUAAUCUCGAUGACGAUAACGAUAACGCAUCAUUUAGUACAAUCGCUUAUUACUAUAAUUUUUCCAUUAGAAGUAGAAGAAUUAAAAUAGCAUGAAUCUAGGUAUCCAAUUUUAGAUACUUUUUUCCAAAAACGAAUUAAUUUGAUCUAAAAGAUAAUCGCCCUUCGCUAUAAUUUUUCCAUUAGAAGUAGAAGAAUUAAAGUAGCAUGGAUCUAAGGAUCCAAUUUUAGAUACUUUUUUUUUCCAAAAACGAAUUGAUUUUAUCUAAAAGAUUCUUCUCGCUCGACGGCGUGUUUUUCUAACAUUUUCAUGAGAAUCAAAGAAGGAACAUCGAGAGCAUGAUGUUCGACGAGUAGAACGAAGUAGCGGCCAGCUUAAUUGCCACUACAAACGAGCAACUGUUUGAAAAUCGUGUCGCCUUGCACAGUGCCUAAUGAGCAAUUAGCAAUGGAGGUUAUCGCGGUCCACAGGAAAUGAAAAACAUUAUUCAUUCGAAUUUUGUGAUUGUUCGCCAUCACUUCACGAGGUAUAAUACAAUCCAUUUAUCGAAGACGAUGUAAUCGAUAAAUAGUCAUAGCUUUCAUGGGAUUCGCAACGGUACAUAAUGGGUACUUAAUUACCAACGAAUAUCUGUACGAAUAUAAAUUACGGAGAAGUAGUUAUGUACCGCAAAAAUGAAAUAACGAAUGAAUAAAAAGAAUUAAAUUUCAGUCGAUUGACUGCUGCAUCUGGCUUUACUCGUAGUCCGACCAUUAAUGAAACGAACAAGCCCCGUUAGAUCGCCUUUUUUAUUAUCCCGUUAACGACAGAAACUGUCUCGGGGCUCGGUUAUUCCUCGAAACAGUCGGUCAAAGACGGUGAAAGGUUUGAAAGGAAGGAAAAAGUCCGUAGGAAAAUGAUACUAUAAUAUGCACACUUUCUAUAAAACAAGAGCUGAACGUGUCGUUCGCGGGCUGAUGACUCUCGACAAGAAUCGAAACACGUCGCGGAUUCGUGGCGUACACGAUAGGAACGAUUAAUCAUCUCGGUUAGUAUUCCGAGGAUAUUUGGUACACCGAUCGUUACUAUCCAGCAGCGAUAAUCUAUAACAGUGGAGCGGGAGUCGUAGUUUCACUUAAAUUGCUUCGCGCGUCGUUGAAUUGUUGCAUAGAAAUCUCCUAUUGUUCCUGUCCCGUCUCUACCACAGAAUUUCGAUGCAACUUGCACCGAACGGAGCCGUAAAAUCAUCGCACACACGCGUUGCCAAACGGCGAACAGUAAAAGCGAUUAAAGCACGGAAGUCAGAAUGUAAAAUCGGCCGAGGAUAAAAUCGUAUACCGCGUCCGAUUGCGUCAUAAAACGCGUAAUCAGCGAACGAAGAUUAAAAGAAAGUUUACGAGAUUAAAUCGGUGGACACUGAUAUCGCGUAUUUAAUCGAUUUUUGUCAGGAACCUAUGAACCAUCCGUGUCAAUCAGCAUUUUUUUGCCAUCUCCCGUAUGGACGAUGGAACAUGUGGGAUGAGCUACGAGAAUACCAAAGUACGAAUCAGGAACGUGGAGAGACAUAGUAGUAAUUUUAUACGUUCACGAUUGGUCAAACCACUCGAUACCGGCUUCGAGAAUGUCAACCGUUCGAGUACCGUUUGCCUUCCCGUGGGUCGGCCACGGAUCUUUUCGGUUUUUUGUUACUCGCGAUCGCAACCCGUUCAUGACUAUCGACAGCGUGACGUUCCUCGUGAUGAACCAGGUGUCUCGGCUAUCCAAAACGAUCAAACUUCUUCUCGUUCAUCUCGGGAAGACAUAAUCCUCAGCGCUAGCGCGUAUACAGGACCAGAAAGAACGUCCAACGCGUUUCACCGUGAUGGAUCGCCAAGUUUCCAAAGAACUGUUCCUGCGUUCCAACUGGAAAGCUCGAAAAGCAUUAAUAACUACGAUAAAGACGGUGUACGGUUCGAAGAUGGAAACGACAGGCACGAGGAGCCUAUCGAUGAGCUAACUUCUUCGAAACAUAUCGAUCAUAUGGACGGAAAUAACAUCGAGCCUUAUGUCAAUGAAUAUAACUUGUUUUCACCGACGAUCAGCGAUUCCAUGUCGGGGGAAGGACGAGGGGCUCCGCAGAGACCAAAACUCUUGUCGGAGCCCCAACUGGUUGGAGUGUCGAACCAACGGGCACAAUAUUCGCAGGCAUUAGAUCAACAAAGACGAGCACGUCAAGAGACCUCGAGGAUCUAUAGCCAGCAUGCUCCACCGCCUAUCCUGCAAACCGCGACUCCAGGACAACGGCAAGCAAAUCCUGACAUACAGGACAUUAUCACGGGUAUUGUCAAGCUAUUGAAUGGAAACGUGAACGUUGCUGCCAAUACGGUGAGACCUCUGAGGCCGAUUCAAGCCACUAGGUACGACGAUGUGCGAAUUGCGUACGAUCCACGAUAUCGUCCAUUGUUUGCCUAUAAACGUAUAAUGUCCUUUUCUAGAAUCAACAACAGAGGACCGCCAAGAAUUUCUGAUGUCCCACCACUACCACCCGACUUCGACACCCCCGGAAUGAAUCCGCCGCCACCACCGGAUCAUCCUUAUCCCUUCGAGAAACCACCGGCACCCGACAGACCGAUGAUCAAUCAGUUGCCACCCGAAAGGCCAAUUAGACCUUUUAUGAAUGGUAUUCCUUUGCCAGAACAAAUCGUUCCGCAAUCGAAUCGUCCAUGGACGUGGAAUCGACCAGGUGGAAAUAGACGACCAAUACCUGCGUACAAACCGCUACCACCAUCAUCAGAUUCCACUUUCAAUCAAGAAAAAGAACAAGGAGACAAACAUCUGGACAAACCUCAGAUCGAUCUGAAACCUGAACAUUCAUCGACGGAGGAAUCUUCUACGAAAAAGGAUGAAAACGAACCGAAUGAAACUACCACGAACGCUGUAGUGAACGUAACCAAGAGUCACGAGGAGAGUAACAAUCAAAAAGAAAAAGUUAAUUCGAACACUACGGAAAAACCGAUUAUCGGAAAUUCUACCAAAAACCCGGAGCCUGAAAAAUCGACUAAAAAGGAAAAUAAACACCAAUCUCCAUUCAAAGAAAAUAAGAUCAAUAAUGAAAACACGUCGACCCCAGCGAUGGAAGCUAACGACACUAACAGAACGAACAUUACGAAACAUGAAGAUUCUCCGAAACCUGUGAUACCAUUGGAAGUUCCAAUAAAACCGACGAAAACGUCGAAAAUCAGUGACUCUCAAAGGCCUACUUCAAGUACGAACAAUGAUAAGACUAGGAGUAAAGAAACUGUUUCCAAAACGUCGAGCAAAUCCCGUCCUACGUCAACGUUGAAUAUCGAGACUAGUUCGUCGGUGCAAGUAAUUGAACCAACGACGACAAGAACCAUCGUACAAUCAACUGCGAUUCCUACGAGCAACGGCCAGAACAGUAUCGGAAAUGUAUUGAGCACGAUAGCUUUGGAGCCAAGUAAAUCAUCUAACUUGGAAACCACGGUCGCAUCGAGUAUUCCGACCCCGACAGAAAAUUUGCCUUCGACUCUCCUGAAAACCUCAUCGACCACGGAGAAAAUUAUAGCUCAGAGCCCGGUUUCUAAUACGUUCUCCAAGAAUUCAGCCCCGACGGAUCGCUACGCUUACCGGCCCCGACCUGGGAUUGUCCUUGACGAUACCUUGGAUUACACGGGAACCCAAGGGUUGGCUACUCAGCGACCUUACGCACCGCCGAGACAUCCACCUCUCGGUGAUAUUUUUGAUAUCACGGUCUCAGCUAUCCAAGGUCCUGGUGGUUCAGGAGGUUCAGAAGGUGUUCGAGUACCGGUAAAUGUACCAAACGCAGACGUGAUUCUAACGUCCGCUGUGGAAGGAGAAGGGUUCGUAAGUAUCGAUGGAAAAAGGACGUACUUGAAUCUAUUCGAAAAUUCCGAUCGAACUUCGACGCACGUGCAAGCGCAACCUCAGCCGACGAAGACUCAACCACCAGCCAUUGUGGGCACAGGAUUCGCAAUUGCACAGCCGGAUCAACCGACGGCAAGUCCUCGACCUAGUGGGCCGAUUCGAAGACCAACUUUCCACAGAAGGCCGACUCAACCCCCCGUUAGGAUCGACACUUGCAUUGUAGGCGACACGAGUACUUGUGACAUCAGCCAACACGAGGCUUGCGCCACGGUUCAAGGUGUAUCUGCCUGUCAUUGUAAGCCAGGGUAUGCCAGGCUACAGCAUUCCUUGCCAUGCAAAAAAAUUAUUAGCAUCGUAGUAUCGAUGAGAGUCGAUAAAAUUUACGAUAAAAAAGUUGUCUGGGAUCGAGGGUUCACGGACAAAGAUUCUGAGCCUUAUCAGACUCUGGCCUACGAAGCGACUCGAGCUAUGGAAUCCGCUAUGUCUAUGACACCAUUUUCGGAUGAGUACAUGGGUUCCUUCGUAAACGGAGUGUAUCAAGGGGAUGUGAGUCAAGGGCAAGGGGGAGUCUUUGUAAACGCAACUUUGAAACUCACUUACGAGCCGAGAACAGUUAGGCCAAGUUUAGCAGGAGAAUUGCAGAGACAUUUACUCGGCGUCAUUCAUCGAAGAAGCAACAAUAUAGGAAAUAGCGCGCUCUACGUCGACAGUCCCGCGGGAUCUAUAUCAAACUUACAAGACUUGGACGAAUGUGCAUCUUCAGAAUUAAAUGAUUGCCAUUCGUCGGCAGUUUGCACAAACAAUUGGGGCGGAUUUACUUGCACUUGUAAUCCGGGAUUAAAAGACCCUCAUAAAGAUGAUCCUAAUGAAUCUGGUAGAAGUUGUAUUUCGUGUCCCUCCACUUAUUGUAAUAACCGUGGAUCCUGCUCCUACCAGGGCGAUCACAUGCAGUGCACAUGUACUGGAAAUUAUUAUGGUGCUCAAUGCGAGGUCGACGGAGAAGUUUUGGGAGUAGCUAUAGGAGCGUCAGUAGCAGCUUUAAUAAUUAUAGUUUUGACGUUAGUGUGUCUGGUCAUGUGGAGUCGGAGAUGGUCGCGCGAACAAAAAUCAGUUGGCUCGCCAGUGUACGGUUAUAUUCAGGGUGGCAUACCUGGGACCCUUCCAGGAACUCUGGCACGGGUCGGUUCUGUAGGUACUCUAGCUUCCGUGAAACAAGGACCGCCGACCAAUUUACCACCCUACAUGUGGGCACACUUUGGCGAUCACAUGGCAACUGCCAACGUAUACGCUACGGAGCCUAUGGGUCCAACGAGGCCAAGCUCCGCGGUAUUCGGAUAUCCGCCGCUUAGUGUUCACGGGACAUUACCACCGGUACCAUUGCCAAGACUUCAAGCUCCAAUGAGGCCACGGCAGAGGCAGCAGCCAGAUCCAGACAGCUCGGAUUCCGAGCCGCAAGAUAAAGACAGGGCUGAUCUGAUCCCGCAGAGUAGCGGUUUUCACGUUCCGAGGCCAAAGUCUCGGUCAUCCUUGGCAGUGAGUUAUCGCUUUUCCAAUAUGUCAUUUGUCGCGCUUGACUACUCUGGACGCUCAGUGAUGCAUCUAUUUCAGAAUCAAAGCGGAAUCUACAAUGACGUGGAAUACGACCAGGGUGACGUUCACCAUUUAUCGAAAAACAAUAUUCCGAUGUCUACUUACAGACCGUACUAUCGAACCUGAAAUCCAGGGGAGAGUCUAGUUCUAUUUCGAUAAGGACGUUUGUAGCGCGACGCGAAAGAGACCAAUGUUAUUAUUUAGAUAUUUUUAUACGAAAGUGCAAUUCGUACCAGUGGUUUAAACAAAACGAAGAGAAUUUAUCGUUGGACGAAGAUAAAGAAAUUAAUGCACCUACGUAUGUUCGUAUCGUUGUUCGCAUCGAUGUAAGUCAGUUUGAACGUUGUUUAACUUGUAGUUACUUAUUUGUUAUACUGCGAAUAUUUAUUGUUCUAACGAUAGUAAUUUAAUACCGUGAAAAAAGUCUGACAAAAAAUAUACAGGCUGUAAAAAAUUGCAAAACGAAAGGUGCAUAAUUAAGGAUUAGUCUUGAAACGAUUGCUCCUUCUAAUUAUUACUUAAUGUAUGUAUCACUGCUAUUUUCCUAUUCUUGUUCAACGGUAAGCGUCGAUGAAGAUAUAGGUCAGAAUCACAGAAUAUUAUCAAUCUUUUUAAAUGGUACUCUCCUAUUUUGUAUAAUUUUACGAUUACCAUUUCCUGGAUACUUAUCACUGAACUGUUGAACAAUGCGGCAAUACCGCAUCUAAUAUCACGAAUGUUACACGAACUUAGAAGACGUCCUUAUAAUUAACGGGCUUAUUUCUUCGAUAAGUAUGACAUUUUCUCGCAGAUCAAAGCAGAAUGUAAGGAUCAAAGGACAGUACAUGUAUAAAAAAAAUACUCGAUAAUGCGUGCAUCGCGGGAUGUUAAUACGAUAAUUCACUGAGUAACUUCUGUAAUUAUAUAUUAUAUAUUUUUGCAAAUUGAAUACAAUAUACAUUUGAAAAUCCA